GAACUUUUAAAAAUGUAAUGGUUGAACAUAAUUACCCAGAAUGUACAUCUAGUGUUCUAAAUGCUUUACAUACUUUCCAAAAACGGUAUCCGGAUUAUAGGACUGCUAAAAUAAAUCAAGUUUCCAAAAAAGCAAUUCAAUACCUACAUAAUUCCCAAUAUGAUCAUGGUGGUUGGUAUGGAUCUUGGGGCAUUUGCUUCACGUAUGCUACUAUGUUUGUUAUACAAUGUCUGAAAAAUUAUGGAGAAACAUACGAAAAUAGCCAGGUAGUUAAAAAAGGAUGUGACUUUUUAAUUUCUAAACAAAAAGAAGACGGUGGUUGGGGUGAAUCCUAUAAA